AUGGAGCGAGAAAAGGGCGAAGGAAGAUCCUUGGCUGAAACCCCCACUUGGGCUGUAGCAACUGUGAUCACUCUCUUGGUUUCUUUUAGUUUCUUGUCUAAUGGCAUAUUAAAAAAAUUGGAAAAGUUUUUGGACAGAACUAAGAGAAAAUCUCUGCUUUCCGCUCUGGAAAAGAUCAAAGAAGAACUAAUGCUUUUUGGGCUUCUGUCAUUGCUGAUGGGUCAUUGGAUUAUUUUUGUGGCAAAGAUUUGCGUUAAGUCAUCAGUUUUAAGCAGCAAAUUUUUUCCGUGUGCAAUGGAAAACAAUUCUGGCACAAUGGAACGUAUUGUCUGGUCGAAUUCAGAAUAUUCAAAUAAAACAGUUCUCAAAGACCAAGUGAACACUGGCCUGCAUAAUUAUUGUGCUGAGGGUCACCAAUCAUUGGCUUCUUAUGAAAGCCUUGAGCAGCUUCAUCGCUUUGUGUUUGUUCUUGGGGUUACCCAUGUUUCCUAUAGCCUUGUUGCUGUUGCCCUGGCCAUCAUCAAGAUAUAUAGCUGGAGAACUUGGGAAUAUGAAGCGAAGACUAUAGCUAUACAAAGUAUACAAGAUACUUCACAAAAUACAUCAAGCAUAAGAUUGAGGCGGCUUGGUACAUUCAUCUUUCACCAGACAUCCCAUCCUUGGAGUCAUCACAAAAUUCUUGUUUGGCUGUUAUGUUUCAGCCGCCAAUUAUGGAGUUCCAUAAACCGAGCUGAUUACAUGGCAUUGCGCUUAGGCUUCAUUACCAAUCAUGAGCUUCCCCUAACAUACGAUUUCCACAACUAUAUGCUUCGAAGCAUGGAAGAGGAAUUUCGUGACAUCGUUGGUCUUAGUGUGCCUCUCUGGAUAUAUGCCAUAUGCUGUAUUUUUCUUAAUUUUCAUGGUAACAACUUUUACUUUUGGCUUUCCUUCGUUCCAACAAUUUUGAUCCUCAUAAUUGGUACUAAAUUGCAUCGAGUGGUGGUAAAGUUAGCUGUUGAAAUAAUAGAUCGUUGCCCACAUAUGAAACAUAAUCAGUUUAACUUAAGAGAUGAGCUCUUUUGGUUUAGAAAGCCAAGGCUUUUGUUGCGGUUAAUACAAUUGAUAUCCUUCUUGAAUGCGUUUGAAAUGGCAACAUUCCUAUGGUCCCUGUGGGAAAUUAAAGAACCUUCUUGCUUCAUGAACAACCGAACGUUUAUUGUGAUCCGUUUGUCAUUCGGGGUCAUCUCUCAAGUCUGGUGCAGCUUUAUAACUUUUCCUCUCUAUGUUAUCAUCACACAGAUGGGCUCAAAGUUCAAGAAAUCUGUGGUCUCUGAAAAUGUAAGAAAAUCACUCUCUAAAUGGCAGAGAAGAGUGAAGGAUAGACAAAGUUCCUCUUCUCCACUCCUUACUGCAACAUCAACAACAUCAUCGAAUUCUAGUGCCUUAAUCACUGAGGAAGGAAGUUCCUCAGGAAGUAAAGAUAUUUGUCUCUCUCAUCUUGAUGACGUGUCAAUGAUCCAAAGAAAUGCACCAUUUUCAAGAUAUGAAGAAGAUCAUCAUGAUCAUGAUCAUGAUCUAAAAGAUAAUUCAUCUCCACCUCCCCUGUCUUGA